UCUUCCGCUGCCGCUGAACACAGAGAAAAAGAGAGAGAGCGUAUGGAACUGAGCUAGAAGACCAGAGAAAUCUGCGAAGUUAAAGCUCCCCUAGGGUUUGAUCAUCUGUUCUUUAUCACAGUAGAUAAGUUUUGAACGAUGCCAUCGAAACCAGAAAAUGUAGACCAACAAGUAACUGAUGGGGUGAAGUAUGUGCUGCAAUCGACCAAAUACUCUGAGCCUUGGUGGCAUGGAGUUGGGAACAACACCGCCGUUGGUGAAGAUCCUAUCAGAACAUCUUCUGCAGACUACCUGAACGUUACUGUUUCCAGUGGAGCAACUCAGUCACAAGCAAAUGAUGAAAAUAUUGAGAAAGAAGUCCAGCAUCUCAAGUACAUUCCAUUUUCUACAUCCCCACCGGUGGGUGAACAUCUUGAUCUAAAUUCCCACAUGGAACUUGUUGGUCACUCAAUUGUUUUGACAUCAUAUCCUUUUUCAGAUGCACAAUAUGGUCAAAUGCUAACUUCUUAUGGACCACAAUCAAUGUUACCUCAUUUUUAUGGGCUUCACCAUGGUAGGAUGCCUUUACCCCUUGACAUGGAAGAAGAGCCCGUUUAUGUAAAUGCAAAGCAGUAUCAUGGCAUCUUGAGGAGAAGACAGUCACGUGCCAAAGCUGAGCUUGAGAAGAAAGUGAUAAAAAGUAGAAAGCCAUACCUUCAUGAAUCCAGACACCUCCACGCUAUGAGACGAGCAAGAGGCAGCGGAGGGCGUUUCCUCAAUACCAAAAAGCUCAACAAUGUUAUUUCCAAUACAUCAACAGAGGAAGACUUCAAUUCUGGUGCAAACCAUUUCACAAAAUCUGUAAGUGAGGCUGGAUCAAAUUACAUGGCGACUGAUGAAAAUGGAGUUAAGGAUACGCAUGAUGAUCAGCAGGAGGGCAGCAGAGGGUUCAUGAAUCAAAAUAUGCAUAUAACACACGCUUUCUUUGAUGGAAAAUCAAAUGGCCAUGGUUUAUCCACUUACAAUUCCCAACUCUCCGAUGUUGAGGGAGGGCAUCUCGGUCAACCGCACGAAAGCAUGCAGGUGAACGGGGCUCCACAGAGGGCCAUCCCCAUCAAGUGAAAGUUUCUUAAUGGGGGGUGGGGGUUUUCCAGCACUGCUUUAACCAGUUUCUGUGCAAAAAGAACUUGAAGAUUCAGUAUUACUGUUAGAUUCUUGUGAGGAGGCUCAGUUUCUGGUCGUAAGCUGAUGGAUUUGUGCCCCUUUUCUGCUUGGAAGAAAGCCGCCAUUGGUGGUGUUUCUCAGGCAAUUCAUUCUUGGCUUUAGUUGGUACUCUGAGGUGGAAUAGAGGAGGAUGAAGAAAUGCAGUGCACCAAAAAUGAGGUUACAUCCGCUGCUACUUCUCUUCUCUUCAAUUUUACCUCUUCUCUGUUACGUAUUUAGUUCUAAAUCUGAAAGUGUGUCAAAGAAAAACACAAAUUUUAAGUGUGCAGACAUGUCACUUCAUUUAGGUGCAAUCGUGUGCUGUAUCUAUUUAACUUCGUGUGUGUUUCUGAUGAUUUGGAUUUUCAUGUUUGCGGACUUGCAGACAUUAAGGACAAAUGUUCAAACCUUUAAUAUUCAGUGGAAAGCUUAAUUUAUAUAUUUGUUGCUCGUUCAUGAAAUAA